GGUGAUGAGCAGCAGGUGUGUGACGGGGUAAACUAACAGUUAUUUGACCGUGUAGUGUGGCAGCAUGAAGAGUUUGUAGCGUGGGAAAUAAAACUGCUGGAUGGAAACUUGGACAGUGAACUGUGAUGGACUCUGAAACAGUUCAGUGGAGACCUACCUGAGAUGAAUUAUUUACCUGUGUGAGGUGAGCACGUGUGGAAAUAAACGGGUCACCGCAAUAUUGUUGUUAAAUUUCUCCCCGUUCACCCCCACACACGUGUUGUAUUGAAAGACUCUACAGGAUCAGAUCCAAAAAGUUCCCCCACCGCUGCUUCGGGCCGAUGAUGUGACAAUUCCGACAGCACGUGAAGGCAGCGCCUCCCUCCACAGGUUCCUCUCAUCACCGAGCAGCGUUUCAUUCAGGAGCACACUGACUGAGGUGCAGACGGGCUACGGACAGUCUGAGAGUCCAACAUGGACUUCAGUGUGACGACAGUCUUUAAACUAGGCCACAUUAGGAAUUAAGUUCGCGUUUUUAUUCAGACGAGCGGCACUUUUUAACUUGACAAGUAUCAUUGCGCCAAACUUUCUCUGCGCUUUGGAAAUGCGUUACGAGCUGAGAGGAAGGAUGACGAUGACCCUGACCAAGACAGUUUAUCUGCUCACAGGACUGGUCAUUGUUUUCCAGUUACAGAUAAGCGUCAUCAAGCUUAAACCUGUACAUGGAGUCUACCCUACAGGCACACAGGGGCCGUCUCCUACAGAGGGAAGGUCAGCAGUCGCGGGAAGCAACAAGCCCUGGGAGAGGAGCCCCAGGUCUGGGGCCCCUGGCUGGAUUGCAGAUAGGAGGGGCCACUACAGAAACCAGCACCAACCAGAGGAGUCAGACGCAGACCUGCUGAUGGAGGAGGGACACGACAAUGCUACACAGAUUGUAGACAUUGAUCACGCCUACUAUACAUCUAAAAUCCAUGGGUCUGGAGACGCAGCCGGUAAAGAGCUGUGGGUGAACGUCGAUGAGAUGGAAGAGGAUGAGUGGAAGGUCUCUGGCUUCCUGUCCAGCACCCACAGACAAGCUGAGAGAGUGAAUUUGUCCUUCGACUUCCCCUUCUAUGGUCAUAUAUUGAAAGAAAUCACAGUGGCAACUGGAGGUUUCAUUUACACUGGAGAUAUAAUCCACCAGAUGCUCACAGCUACUCAGUACAUCGCCCCUCUGAUGGCCAAUUUUGACCCAAGUCUGUCCAAAAACUCCACUGUGUUUUACUUUGAUAACGGCACUGCACUGGUGGUUCAGUGGAACCGGAUUCACCUCCAGGACAAUAUCAGUCUGGGGACUUUCACCUUCCAGGCUGUUCUGCACAGCGAUGGGCGUAUUGUCUUUGCAUACAAAGAGAUUCCUUUAGACAUCAACGACAUCAGCAUGGAGAAUCAUCCUGUCAAAGUGGGCUUGUCGGACGCUUUUGUGGUUCUUCAUGAGAUAGAGCAGAUCCCCAAUGUUCGUCGGAGAACCAUUUAUGAGUAUCACAAAGUCGACAUCCUAAAGUCCAAAAUCUCAAAUUCUACAGCUGUAGAGAUGCUACCUCUCCCCACGUGUCUGCAGUUCUCCAGCUGUGGUCCAUGUGUCACUUCUCAGAUUGGCUUCAACUGCAGCUGGUGCAGUCGGCUACAAAGAUGCUCCAGUGGCUUUGAUCGUAACCGGCAGGACUGGGUCGACCUCGGCUGCCCGGAGGAGAGAAAAGAUCCCAGAUGUCUCAAAAUGACAGACAUCGCAAACACCACAUCUCACCACCUCACACAUACGACCACUCCUGUCACGACCACAGUGCAGCAGAGGACCUCCAGUAUGACCUCCACCCCCCUGAGCAGGACAUCCGCUGUCACCAACCCCUCAACACGCAGCAACACAAGCAGAAUAAAAUCCACUUCACAGCUUCCCACCAGUAAACCUGCAGAAGAUGACACAAAGAUCUCUGUGCACAACAAUGAAACACCAGGAAAUGAGGAGACAACAGGAGCUAGUGAUGGGUGGCCGCAGACGGGUCUACUGGCGGGCAUCGUCAUGGUUAUGAUCAUCAUGGGAGCAGCCGUCCUUCUGUCUGUCUACAUGUAUAACAAUCCGACCUCCAGCGCCAGCCUCUUCUUCAUGGAGCGGCGGCCAACCCGCUGGCCAAUCAUGAAGUUCAGGCGGGGCUCUGGUUGCCCUUCCUAUGCUGAGGUGGAGACUCCCGGUCAGGACAAAGACACCAUGGUGGUCAUCGACCCCAAACAGUCCUUUGUCAUGUCAGACAGAAGAGAGAGCGAACAGAAAGAAGGAUUCAUAGUUCCUGAUCAGAGGGAGCGCUUCCUGGUCUCAGAGAGCUGACCAAAAACUACAAAUCCCAGAAGGCUUUGGGAGAGAGCUGGAUCUCCACGUGAGGGAGACUUUUUAUUUUCCAUUAAAGCUGUUGCUCAAGUUCAUUUUAAAAGGACAGACACUGAGCAUUCAGAGAGGAAAAGGCCCAAAACCUCUAUGAGGAAAAUGUCGCUACAGAGUAAUUUAUUUACAGUUUGGUUUCAUGUUAGCGUUAGCUUGGUGAGCCAGUAGACUGUUUCAAAGCAUAAUGUAAAAAAGAUUUACUUUGCUCAGGUCACUCGUCUGUGUUCACUGAGGCAUCACACAGAGCGAGAGGUGACGCCACUGAAUGUUUGUUUUGAACCCAUUUCUCUCAAAGACAGAUGAUAUUUUCCAGAGCUGUUAUGUGUCGUUCCCACACCUUCUUCACAAGGAGGAAUGUCAUAU